AAUAGGAUUAUGAAUAUUUCUUGUUCAUGUUAAAUUUUAGAUAUUAAUUAAACAAAGCAGAGCAGUAAUACUAAUAGUUUAUUUGUUUAACUUCACAUGAAAAACAGCGAAAAGUUUUAUUUGAACGUUCACGUAGACUGUAGACUGUAGUAGCGUAAACGGUAUAGGUACAGGUUCUGCUGACUAAUAUUAGGCCUAAGUUAGUCUUAUAAAUUGUAAGCCAGUGGCGGUGCAUGCUUUGAAGUCAUGGAUUUUAAAUCAAGUGAUGGACAAAGUCGAUUCUUUCAAGAAAGAAUUAACAUGUUGGAGAAGAAUAUGGCAGACUUGUGUUCUCAAUUUGCAAGUUAUGUGAGAAAAGUGGCAAGACUCAGGGACAAUGGAGAUUGUUUAGCAAGAAGUGUUUUGAAGUUUUCUGAGAGUGAAAACUUGAAUCUGACACUGAGAAACAGUUUGAUGUGUUUUGCAGAUGAACUCUCAUGCAUUCAAGAUUAUAGAGAGGCAGAAGUUCGUCGUCUUGAAGUCAGAGUUGUUGAACAGUUGUCAGCUUAUGGAACAAUUUGUAAGCAUGCUAGAGAUGCUAUAAAGUCUGCUUUGUCUAUAAAAAGUAAAGAAAUUAGUCGUAGACAGCAGCUGGAGAAAAUCCAAAGACGUUCGCCCACCAACUGGCAUGAAGUUUCGUUGGCAGGAAAUGAAUACCAAAGAGCAACUUUUGAUUCCAACCAAUCAGUCAAAGUCUUGGAAGAACAAAUGGAAAUGUUUGAGCACAAUAAAGUUUCCAAUAUUAAGAAAAUAUUCACUGAUUUUGUGAACAUUGAACUGCUUUUCCAUACAAAAGCUUUGGAAAUUUACACAAGAGCUUAUGGUUCCCUUCAAAAAAUUGAUGAAGAUCAAGAUCUCAAGGAAGUUAGAAACUGUGUCAGGGCUUCUCCUCGCAAACCACGUCUUGAAACUGUUCGUGCCACAUUACAAUCAAAAGACAGGGAGUCUUCAAUAAAUGACCAAUCUCCUGUUUUUUCUAGAAGCACUCAGAUAAGAACAACACAAAAUCAUGUGUUAAAAGAUGACCAAAUAACAAAAGAAACGGAUGAUGGUGAGCUCGACACAGAAGAUUCGGAUGAAAAUGAAAGCGAUGCACAUCCUGAAGAAGAACCUCAGGGAAGUAUAUUCCGUAAGAGAUAUUAACUUGUAAUUACAGUACAACUUACUCCGUCCGUUUAGCAAUUUACAUUGAAAGAUGAAUAUUUUUUGUGUUAUAAUAGAUUUUAGCUGUAUGUUCUAUAAAGAAGCUGCAUAU